GGGACAUCUUAGGGUUUGGCCCGUCGGAUCCACCCAGUCCAUAAGCGUCGUCCGUGGCUGUGAGAUGAGACCAUGUCGUGGGUGGAGAUCAAGCAUGCCCAGGAGUAAAGAUCGUCGGUGGAGCACGACUAAGGCCUAAAGGCCGAGGACGAACUCUGAUCAGGGCUCGUCGUGACAACUUAUUGGGCUGGCUUGGUUACAUUGGUUGACGAUGAGCUGAGCUGGGGGUUUUUCAGCGCCACUGGCGGAGGGAGAAUGCAUCGUCUGGUCUGAGAGAAAGACAGACAUAUUGUUCCCUUUAUUCAUUGUUCUCGUCAAUCUCUUGUCAAUGCAUCCAACCAGCCUCGAGAAUCGAAUGGAUGUGCAUGUCAACCUUCUUCCAUUAUGGAUGGCUUCGCUCAGGAACUGCUCAUCGAGUCCUGGAUCCUCUACGUAAUCGGGAUCUUCUGCAUCGGUUGCCGACUGGCCUCCCGACGCAUCGCGAAACAAUCAUGGGGUAAACUCGAAGUUGACGACUAUCUGAUGUGUCUCGUGGUGAUCACCUUUACCGGAGUCAUGGUCUGCGUCAACCAAGUCUCCAUCAACGGCAGCAGUUACAUGUCCCCCGAGGUUGCCGCCACCCUGACGCCAAAAUCGCGUCGGUCGGCGGUCUGGGGAAGCAAGAUGACAUUUGCCCUCGAGCACUUUACGUUGAGCUCAUUGUGGCUGGUCAAGGGGUGUUUGUUACUGGUGUAUAAUCGGUUGACGUUAGGGCUACGCGAGCAUAUCGUCGUCAAAGCCGUAGCGGUUUAUGUCACGGUCUCGUUUGUCGUGAUUGAGAUUCUGUUCUGUGCGGUUUGGUGUGGCCCUCCCAUCACGAUGUACUGGGAUGUGCCUGCCAAGGAAGAGCAAUGCGCCAGUUACUAUAACCACCUCAUUACCAGCACCGUGUUCAACAUCUCCUCUGAUCUGAUGAUGCUGUGUAUACCUUUGCCACUGCUUGUGCGCUCGCGACUACCUUGGAAGCGAAAAAUCCUCCUCUGUCUGGUCUUCAGCUUAGGAGUCUUUGUGGUCCUUAUGGCCAUUCUCAAUCGCUACUACAACUUCUCCGAGCAGCACACCCUAACCUUCCUAAAAUGGUACGUCGCCGAAGUCUCCACUGCAGUAUACGUCGGCAACCUACCCCUCCUAUGGCCUCUCCUUAAACGUGUCUUCCACCUGCACACGUUUGCCCAGUCCCGUCCCACCAAGAGCAUCUCACGUCCCAGCGCCUACCCAGCUUCUCGAUCUCGCGGUUUCACCUCCCGCGGGGCCCCAGCCAGCUCAACCGAAUCCAUCCUCCACGAGACGGACCCACCCGGCAUCGACAAGGCCGGCGUCAGCGGACUUGAACACGGGCUGGAGCUGACGCCGAUCCAAGAGCGAGCCUACCGGGCAAUGAUAACAGCCGAGCGGGGCCAGUCGUCUCUCAAAGACGGAGGGACGGCUCGGGAGGGUAAUGACUCGGGCGAAAUGGGAAUCGUGCGGACGGUGGAGGUGCUUCAAUAUAGGGAAUGAUAUCCUUGCUAGUUGGGUCCACUUAAUUUAGUUUUGUCUCUUCCUUCCCAUUCUGGUGUAGGUUUCUUUUGCUAGGCAUGUAU